AUGGUUAACAAGGGAGAAUCUGGUGUCUACUGUGGGACUCAGCUUAGUCAUAAUCGUGGCAGCAUGCUGCGUCCUAGGCGCGUUUACAGAACAACGACACACGUACCAUGGGAGUUAGGACAGAUCAUGGAUCCCGAAACGUUUGAAAAAUCCCGUCUGUAUCAGCUGGACAAGAGUACUUUCAGCUUUUGGUCAGGACUGUACUCAGAAGUUGAGGGCACUAUGAUUCUGCUCUGUGGAGGAAUUCCUUUUCUCUGGAAUCUCUCAGGUCAAAUCUCUGGUCGUGCUGGGUUUGGGCCAGAAUAUGAGAUUGUUCAGUCGUUGGUAUUCCUGCUUCUUGCAACGCUCUUCAGUGCACUGACUGGUCUCCCUUGGAGUCUAUAUAACACAUUUGUCAUAGAAGAGAAGCAUGGCUUCAAUCAACAGACGCUGGGAUUUUUUUUUAAGGAUGCCAUCAAGAAGUUUGUUGUGACUCAGUGCAUUCUGUUACCAGUGACAUCUCUCCUGCUUUACAUUAUUAAAAUAGGAGGAGAUUACUUCUUCAUCUAUGCCUGGCUCUUCACAUUAGUUGUUUCCUUGGUGCUUGUUACAAUCUAUGCAGAUUACAUUGCCCCGUUGUUUGAUAAAUUUAUUCCGCUUCCUGAAGGAGAGCUCAAGCAAGAAAUUGAAGUAAUGGCAAAGAGCAUUGACUUCCCAUUGACUAAGGUGUACGUGGUUGAAGGUUCUAAGCGUUCUUCUCAUAGCAAUGCUUAUUUCUAUGGAUUCUUCAAGAAUAAGCGGAUAGUGCUGUUUGAUACCCUCUUAGAAGAUUAUUCUGCUUUGAACAAAGAGCCAUCAGAAGGAGCUGAUGGUGAGAAUGAAGAGACAAAGUCUAAAACCAAAAAUAAGAAACAAGGAUGUAAAAAUGAAGAAGUUCUAGCUGUACUUGGCCAUGAAUUGGGUCAUUGGAAACUAGGUCACACUAUCAAAAACAUUAUAAUCAGCCAGAUGAAUUCCUUCCUCUGCUUCUUCCUGUUUGCCGUAUUGAUUGGACGGAAAGAGCUCUUUGCUGCGUUUGGUUUCUAUGAGACCCAGCCCACCCUGAUAGGCUUGAUGAUUAUUUUCCAGUUCAUUUUUUCACCUUACAAUGAGGUUCUCUCGUUUUGCUUGACUGUGCUAAGCCGGCGAUUUGAGUUUCAAGCAGAUGCAUUUGCCAAGGAACUUGGGAAGGCUAAAGACCUAUAUUCUGCUUUGAUCAAACUAAACAAAGAUAAUUUAGGAUUCCCCGUUUCUGACUGGAUCUUUUCAAUGUGGCAUUACUCCCAUCCACCCCUUUUAGAGAGACUUCAGGCCUUGAAAGAUACAAAGCAAGAGUGACAGGAACCAUUGUUGGUUCAGAGACAGUGCUUCCAUCUCAGAAGCAAAGUUCAGAGCUGCUUUUAAGAUUGCUUUUUAAAAGGAUAAUUCCAAUUAAGUGAAGUGCUACCAGUACCACACCCUGGUCUGAGAAUCCUGAAAUAAGUAUUAAAUUAAAAGACAUUAUUUUCUUUUAACAAAAAAACAAAACCAUGGGACUUAAUUAAGAGAA